AUGGAAAAGAAGAAAAACAAUGAAUUCGCUUCUGCCGCCAGAGACAUGAUCUUCUCUGGCGGCGUCUUCGAAAACCUGGAGAACGACGAUUCUGACGGCGCCAUCGACGACGGAGACGCAGAUGAGGACAUGGUCAAUUCGAAAAGGAACUUCUGUCAAAUGAGAAUCCAGAAGAGAAACUCAGAAGCUGGCCUUCUGAAGAAGGUCAUUCCUUUUCAUUGGGCUCCUAUGCUCUCGCCCCUGACCGAGAAUGAUAUCGACACAUGCAUCGAAUAUCGUAUUCGGAAAUCUGGAGUUUGCUACGGUCUGUUCAAUACCGUGAGGCCAAGCGAUGUUAAGAAGAUCUCGCUCACAACCAUGCAACACAGUCGGCCUGUCGAGUCAGGACGAUGUGAUGGAGCCAAACAUGUCAUGUUUGCGCACGUCCUUGCUACACUUGGAACCCACCCAGUCGUAACUGAUGCCGAUAUGGCCAUGCCCGAGAACUGGAGGGACUCGAAAGCAAGCAAAGGCUCACCUCUAGGCCAUCAAUCGUCGGGAAGGACAAUCUGUCUCCAUUCCUUCAUCGUGUGCCCAGAGGUCCAGGGAGUUGGCAUUGGGAAAACAGUGAUGAAGUCAUAUCUCGAGCUUAUGAAUGCAUCCGGAAUGGCUGAUCGAGUUGCCAUAAUUUGCCAACCGUACGCAAUUCAGUUCUACAAGUGCUUCGGUUUCAAAGACCUUGGCCCAAGCACAGAAGCCCUUGCUGAUCAAGGCUGGCAUGCUAUGGUGCUUGAACUUCGUGGUCCUAAGAGAAAGACCAAGGAGGAACCUACACGGAGGAAUAAGGAAGUGGAUUCUCCAACCUCCAAGGCGAAGAAAUCACCGUCAUAG